UCCCUGCAGUGCAGAAGUCUGAAAACACGCACGUCAGUUUAUCAGAUUGUACAAAUACUCUGCUGUAAAGUUUGGUGGGUAAAGAGCCCCUUUUACCAAAAGAAUGGGAGUGGUUACUAAAUUAAAAAACUGUUUGAGGAGAAAGUCAUCUUUCAUGUAAUUGCAUUAAACUUUACGGAUAAAUGGAUAGUUAAUUUGCAUAUGUACAUAUAACGUACAUAUAAAUAUUGGUUGCAUGUGUGGUGAAAGUCAAAGCGGAGAAAGUUAGCUCAAUGUUGCGAUGGAAGACGAAAAGAAUCAGUGCAAAGUGGAGCAGAAGACCGGUUUUUGUGAUGGGUUUUAUGGAAAUGUUGUCUUUUUCAUGGGGCUGUUGAUCUAUACGUUAAUUGGCGCUCUGAUAUUCCAGCAGUUGGAAGGACCAGCAUCGCUCGAGAGGAGGACAGCGUACAAAAAUCUAUUACUUGAAGGACGCUCAAAUUUAAUUCACACCGUUGUGACGAGAACACAGGAGGGGAACGAUUUGAAUUCGACCUUAUCUUCAGCACUGGAAGCCUACGAUAAUCUGAUAGACGAUGUCAAGUGGGAAGGAAUGUCGGUCGUUAAGCUUGAGGUUACAUCAGAGUGGAGUUAUCUCAGGUCUUUCUUUUUCGCCACGACCGUCCUCACAACAAUUGGUUAUGGAAACAUGACGCCAAAAACGAAGGCAGGCCGCACUUUCUGCAUAUUCUUCGCCGUCCUCGGAAUUCCAUUGACGGUGACGGUCAUCGCGGAUUUGGGGAAGUUGAUCGCCUCUGCGGUGUCCUACGCUUGCAAGGGCUGUGGAGGCCGCGCCCCGCCGGAAGUGGUAAAAUCUUCCUCCAAGUUGAGAAAACUUUUCGGUAAAGGUGUAACUGCUGGGACGGUCGUGUUCUUCUUGUUCAUCUAUAUUUCUGCGGGAAGCUGGCUCUACACAUAUCUCGAGAACUGGAGCUUUUUCGACUCCUUUUACUUCUGUUUUAUUACCGUGACAACGAUCGGCUUUGGAGAUGUGGUUCCAAGUCGCCUGCAGUACCUUCUGCUCUGUUCGGUCUACUUCAUCGUGGGCCUCGCCUUGUGUUCCACAGCCUUUGAACUUGUCCGAACUCAGUAUUCUGACUCUUGGAAGAAGAUGCAGGCACUGUCGUCACAUCUGUCCGCCCCACUUGCGGAGACCUUAAAAAAGUGUGGGGACAACAUUCACCACAAUUUGGAUGCGUGCGUGAUGCAAGAGCUCUUAGACUUGAGGAAAGCUUUGGGCAUUAGCGGGGAAGGAGUUGGUGACGUGUCGAAAAAGGUUGCCUCCAAAAAAUGUGGGGGCAAAAAUUCUGCUGAAGAAGGAGUCAAUCCUUCACGUGAUGAAAUGGUCGUCACUUCGUAUGAAUCAACUCUUUAGGUUUAGGUUUCGAUGACGGAUUAGAUAGGCUAAAGAAUCUGUGGAAAAAUGUAUAAGUCAGGGAUAAUUAAACUUGUCAGCUUUCGACCAUGUGUCGCUGGACACGUGGCAAAUCUGGAGACGGAUGAGUAGUUUUAAGAUACAUUUCAUAUUUAUAUCAAAUAUUGUUUUUAUUGUUGGGUGAGUUUUAGAUGUAAUUUUGCUUUCUAAUAUAAGCAUUUAUGAUACCACUCCUAUCAAUGUGACGCAAAAAAUACUUAUGUAUAUACCUAGCAAAAUUCAGUUGAGAGCUGUACAGCUUGUGUAAAGAGGAACAAUUGAAAUACUCUAAUGGUACGUAUAAUUAGGUACAUACAUAAGUAUAUAUACAUAUGUAUGUAUGUAUGUAUAAUGAUACAUGUAAUUUGUCAGAACGAGCUAUACUGUGCAACCAAUUUAAUAACUUCAUCUUAUUCCACGAGAACGAGUAGUUUAAUUCAAUUCAUUGUUCAUCGAUAUAUAUGUAAAUACAUACUCUAUAAAGCAAAUGUAAUUUUCCCCAACAAAAA